GAGGCCGGCUCCUCGGAGCAAUGGCGUUUUCCUGGCCCGCCUAUCCUCCUUUGGCUGGGGGCGUUAAUGUUAACGCACCGCUUUGGAGAUCUCCCACUGUGAAGUUCUCACGCUGUUGGUGCAAAGAUGGCACCAACCCUUUAGAGUUUUGCCCAGAGAGGAGAGGAGACUGUCCUGUGACUAGAGAGGCAGGGGUAGAUCUCCUGCCCAACUGGCAUCAGCCCCAGCAUCCUCAAAAAAGUGUGCCCUGCUUCUCCACACCCCCUGGCCAUGUCUUAGGGCCCAGACAUCUGUUUGUUAGAUACCGGUGGCCACCCAGAGGGUGCCUCGAAGGCCACCCAAGGUAUCUGGCUGAAUUUCUGGGUUGGAUCAGGGUCAGGGAAUCUGAGUCCCCGGAGGCUGGGGACAGAGCUGAAGCCCGGGUUCGGGUGGCAGCCAUGGAAGGCGGAGAGCGGUCAGUGAGGCAGGGCCCAGGGCUGCAGGAGCUUACCAGACGAAAGGCACCUGUGAGCCACAGAGACGGUCUGCGGGGGGGGGGAAGCUGCGUGGUGUGCGACCCUGGGCGUUGAGCUGCAGGCCUCCUGGCAAAGAAGACUGAUUCCUGGCCCUGUGACCUUGGUUGUUUAUUGAACGCCUUCUAGACCUACUUUUACUUCCUCAGUAAAAGAGCAAUAACAACAAUCGCCCUAAAAAAAAGUAUUGAAAGAUGAAAUAGACAAUCUGGCACGCAGUAAAUGUUAGCCCUUAAUUAAUAUUAAUAACAGUAGCUGCCAUUUAUUCGGAUCUUACUGUGGGCCAGGUAGUGGAUUCUAGCUCUGAGUUCAAAGACCAUGUUUUGUUGUUACCAUAUCUUCUAAUCAUUUGAAGAUGGUGGAAAGGGCUCAGAGAUGAAAGGAAGAUUGUCAGUAAAGCCCUAGGAAUAGAAGACAUAGACAUUUUAGUAGUUUCUUUGAAAAUUAUCUCAAAAAGAGAUAAUUUAUUAGGAAACAGGAAAUAAUAUUAGAUGUAGUCUGGGACCAGAUAAUAGCAGACCUUGAAUGCCAGAGUAAGGAAUAGCUUUCAAUAAAUAGGGUCAUCUUGUAUUUUGGGAAGAAGAAGACUUGGAACAAUAAAAAUAAAACUUGUUAUUUAUCAUGGUUCCAGAGAGGAGUUACCCAAAACAUGAAUGGAAGCUUCAGAGAAGCAGAUUUUGACUUGACAUCUACAUACAUAUAUACAUACAUUUACAACACACACCUACCCACCCCAAAAAUAGAUUUUUCAUUAAAAAAAAAACACCUGAAGCCAAUUACAUCUGUAAGGACUGCAGACAUGAGCAAUAUAGAAUCUUUGCUAACAGUUUACAAACUUAAUCUAUUUUAUCCUUGUCUUGUUUUUGUUAUUUAUUUCCACCUGGACAGUUGGUCAGGAUGGGCCACAGGGAAGGAGAAAAUUGAAGUAGUAAAAGUAGUUUUGAUUACAUAACUAUUGAACAUCACAUUAUAUACGAGCCAUCUUAUGUAUAAUUUUUAACAAAAAACCCUUCUUAUCCCCAAAUCAUACUAUUUACGAAGCAACCCACCUUAAAUUUGUCUCCUACAAGGCCAGGCAUGGUGGUUCCCACCUGUAAUCCCAGCACUUUGGGAGGCCAAGGCAGGUGGAUCACCUGAGGUUGGGAGUUCGAGACCAGCCUGACCAACAGGGUGAAACCUCAUCUCUACUAAAAAUACAAAAAAAAAAAAAAAAUAGCUGGGUGUGGUGCCACAUGCCUGUAAUCCCAGCUACUUGGGAGGUUGAGGCAGGAGAAUCACUUGAACCCAGGAGGCAGAAGUUGUGGUGAGCCGAGAUCGCCCCAUUGCACUCCAGCCUGGGCAACAAGAGUGAAACUCUGUCUAAAAAGAAAAAAAAUAAUUCUCUUCUACUGGACAGCCACGACUGUGAAGUAAAACUUUGCUCUCUUUUUGUUUUGUUUUUGAGACGGAGUUUUGCUCUCAUUGCCCAGAUUGGAGUGCAUGGCACAAUCUCAGCUCACUGCAACCUCCGCUUCCGGGUUCAAGUGAUGCUCCUGCCUCAGCCUCCUGAGUAGCUGGGAUUACAGGCACUGCCACCACACCUGGCUAAUUUUGUAUUUUUAAUAGAGACGGGGUUUCACCAUGUUGGCCAGGCUGUCUUGAACUCCUGACCUCGGGGGGGGUCCACCCACCUUAGCCUCCCAGAAUGCUGGGAUUAUAAGCCUGAGCCACCACGUCCAGCCUUCUUUUGUUUUAAACUACAUUAUUUUACUAUUAAAUUAGGCAACUCCAUCCCACAAAACAUUUGUAAUGCUGGAAGUUAUGCUUACUCUUUUGAGUACUUCAGAACAUUAUAUAUUCAACUUAAUAAUGAGAUAGUGACAACUAAAAAGGGUUUCACAUUGUAUACUAUCAGUUCUCUCUCUCUGUAUACUAUCAGAACUCUCAAAAAAGAAGUGAGCUAAUAAAAAUGUGUGGUUUCUGUGGGUCCCAAAAAUCAAGUACGCUUUGGGAAACAGGGAAUUAAAAACCUUUCAGAAGUUAACUUGGUAUAAGAGUAUGAAAAGCCUCUUGCUCUAGUUUAAGGAAAUGCUCUCCUUUUUCCUAGUAAAGCUUCCCACAGAAGACAAACUUUGUGCACAAUCAACAAGGUAAGUAUGGGAAAUAAUUACUGCAAUUCACUAACUCUCAAAAAAAUUAUUCCUUCUGACAUGUAAGGGAAACUUUAUUUAUGAAUGUGAUAAUGUGCCUCAAAGUGCUGAUCUGUUAAAAUUCCAUAAAACAAGCUUCAGAAUGUAAGUCAUUUGUGCCAGAUACAAGUAAAUAACUGAAGCAGCAUUUCUAGAGAGACUAGGGCAAAGGAUGGAACAAACUACAAAUCCGCAGAAAAGAAACCAAGCAUAGUAGAGUGUUAAUAAUUCACCAUAGUUACUGCUCUUAAAACCAGAGCAACUAAACAACUGCCAUCCGUGUCCGUUUAUGUGUGUUUUCAUCAUCUCUACACCAUCUGAAUGAAGUGUUCGGUGUACAUGGACGCCAAUAGAGAGUCAAAGGCUACAGGAGCUUUUUAAAAAUAUUAGAACAGUAGUUUUCAUGUAUAGAUUUGAUUUGGUGAUUUUGCUUUCUCUAUCUUUGCAUUAAAGCUCUUAAAGGAAGAACAUCCAAUUUGGUUUAUUAAAUAUUAGAAAGCAUUCAUAUUUUAUUUUUCCACCAUGUAUUUUUUUAUAUACAUGCUGGUUUCCCAAGCACUCUGUAAUGGCUCUUUAUAUGAAUUGGGAAAGAGUAAAACUAGAACUGAACCAUGAAGAAAACCAAAAAUAACAGAGAGGCACCCUAUUGUCCUGCGAAAAACACAUGACUUGGAAUGAGAAACACGGGUCCCAGGCCUAGUUUCUCCUAUGUCCCUGCAGAACCUUAAUUGGGUUACUUAACCUCUCUUUUAUUUACCCCUGCAGUGGGGAUCUCAAUACCUAACCCACCCUACCUUAUAAAAUUGAUGUAUGAGUAAACUGAGUGGAGGAACAUUAUAGAUUAAGAUACUGUGCAAUGGUAAUAAAUUACUCUUAUCGUACCCUCUAUCAAACCUGGCAUUACUAGUACGUGGUAUUUUCAGUACUUGAACAUAUUUGUCUUUCUGAGUGAUUAAGCAUGAAAUCAAAUCAGAUUGGCUCAGAGUCAUUUCUCCAAAGGGAUGUAAUCAUCUUGGUAUUCUGGAUAACUUCCCCUAAUAAGAUCCCCUUUUGAAUAACACAGUUCAGUGGAGAGUCCCUGCUGACAGUGAGUUAGGCUGUGUGUGUAAGUUCACAUGAUGUGGUUAGUAAUGGAGGAUGUCCCAAGAUAUUUCCAGGCAUCAUAAAGACUUGAAAAUUACUAACAGUUGUCUUUUUUUUGGUAUUUAGGCAAAAAUAUGAGGAAGAUUCAUACGGAAGUUAACAGAGAAUUACCAAAAACUUCAUGAGAAAGAAAUUAAGGGAUGUUUCAGAGUAGUUUUUCAAGUCCCAGUGAUCAUUGAAUUGGCCCAUCUGUUUCUGACUGUGAAAAAGCAUUCUGAAAGAAUGGGUGUCAGUUCAAGAAGAAGUCUCUGAGGGUCAGCCUUUGGCUGCUUAGAGAAAUCAGAUAUAAAACUACUUGGUAAAAUGACUUCUUGUCACAUUGCUGAAGAACCUAUUAAAAAGGUCGCUAUCUUUGGAGGAACCCAUGGGAAUGAGCUAACUGGAGUAUUUCGGGUUAAGCAUUGGCUAAAGAAUGGCGCUGAAGUUCAGAGAACAGGGCUGGAGGUAAAAUCAUAUAUUACUAACCCAAGAGCAGUGAAGAAGUGUACCAGAUCUCUUGACUGUGACCUGAAUCACAUUUUUGACCUUGAAAAUCUUGGCAAAAGAAAGUCAGAAGAUUUGCCAUAUGAAGUGAGAAGAGCUCAAGAAAUAAAUCAUUUAUUUGUUCCAAAAUAUAGUGAAGAUGCCUAUGACAUUGUUUUUGACCUUCACAAUACUACCUCUAACAUGGGGUGCACUCUUAUUCUUGAGGAUUCCAGGAAUGACUUUUUAAUUCAGAUGUUUCAUUAUAUUAAGACUUCCUUGGCUCCAUUGCCCUGCUAUGUGUAUCUUAUUGAGCAUCCUUCCCUCAAAUAUGCAACCACUCAUUCUAUAGCUAAGUAUCCUGUGGGUAAUAUAGAAAUUGGUCCUCAGCCUCAAGGGAUUCUGAGAGCUGAUAUCUUGGAUCAAAUGAGAAAAAUGAUUAAACAUGCUCUUGAUUUUAUACAUCAUUUCAAUGAAGGAAAAGAAUUUCCUUCCUGUGCACUUGAGGUCUAUAAAAUUAUGGAGAAAGUGGAUUAUCCCAGGAAUGAAAAUGGAGAAAUUGCUCCUAUCAUCCAUCCUAAUCUGCAGGAUCAAGACUGGAAACCAUUGCACCCUGGGGAUCCCAUGUUUUUAACUCUUGACAGGAAGAUGAUCCCACUGGGCAGAGACUGUACCAUGCACCCCGUGUUUGUGAAUGAGGCCACAUAUUAUGAAAAGAAAGAAGCCUGUGCAAAGACAACUAAACUCACACUCCAUGCAGAAAGCAUUCGCUGCUCUUUACAUUAGAAAUCGCUUCUAGCUCUCAUUGUGUCCAUGUG